GUCAGACGUAAGACACAGGACCCUGAGCUGUGCAUGUACAGAAUCCUAACACAAACACCUACAGAACUGAGCUCUCACUCUCCUCUCUAAGAGUCUAGAGGAGAACAUCAGGUGUUUUCUUCCACCUCUUUUUGACUUGGUCCCUUGAGACAGUAUCUCUUACUGAACCUGGACCCUCACUUUUCAGCUAGCCAGAACGCAGACUGGAACUCCUUCGGGACACCAGACCAAAAUGUCAGCCUGACUUUGACUUCAUUGUCAAGAUCACACAAGGAAGUCCCCUCCGCUCGCCCAGGAAGCCUACCCUGCCCCACCACGCAGAGCAAAGAAGGAAAGAGAGCCCCAUGCCUGAGCCAAGGGGAGCAUCAUGGAUCUGACAAAGAUGGGUAUGAUCCAGCUGCAGAACCCUAGCCACCCUACGGGGCUGCUGUGCAAGGCCAAUCAGAUGCGACUGGCCGGGACUUUGUGCGAUGUGGUCAUCAUGGUGGACAGCCAGGAGUUCCAUGCCCACCGGACGGUGCUGGCCUGCACCAGCAAGAUGUUUGAGAUUCUCUUCCACCGAAACAGCCAGCACUAUACUCUGGACUUCCUCUCGCCAAAGACCUUCCAGCAGAUUCUGGAGUAUGCCUACACAGCCACACUGCAAGCUAAGGCAGAGGACCUGGAUGACCUGCUGUAUGCAGCUGAAAUCCUGGAAAUUGAGUACCUGGAGGAGCAGUGCCUGAAGAUCCUGGAGACCAUCCAGGCAUCCGAUGACAAUGACACAGAGGCCACCAUGGCUGAUGGUGGGGGCGAAGAAGAAGAGGACCGCAAGGCUCGAUACCUCAAGAACAUCUUCAUCUCGAAGCAUUCCAGCGAGGAGAGUGGGUAUGCCAGCGUGGCUGGACAGAGCCUCCCCGGGCCUAUGGUGGACCAGAGCCCUUCGGUCUCCACCUCUUUUGGUCUUUCAGCCAUGAGUCCUACCAAGGCAGCAGUGGACAGUUUGAUGACCAUAGGACAGUCUCUCCUGCAAGGAACUCUUCAGCCACCUGCAGGGCCUGAAGAGUCCACACUGGUAGGGGGUGGGCGGCACCCCGGGGUGGCUGAGGUGAAGACAGAGAUGAUGCAGGUCGAUGAAGUCCCUGGCCAGGACAGCCCUGGGGCAGCUGAGUCCAGCAUCUCAGGAGGGAUGGGGGACAAGCUUGAAGAAAGGAACAAAGAGGGGCCUGGGACUCCCACUAGAAGCAGCGUCAUCACCAGCGCCAGGGAGCUUCAUUAUGGGCGAGAAGAGAGUGGUGAGCAGCUGUCUCCUCCUGUUGAAGCUGGUCAGGGACCCCCCGGGCGACAGGAGCCCCUGGUACCCCCAGUGGAGAAGCAUUUGGGCAUCUACUCAGUGUUGCCCAACCACAAGGCCGAUGCUGUGUUGAGCAUGCCCUCUUCAGGGACCUCUGGUCUCCAUGUGCAACCUGCCCUGGCCGUCUCCAUGGACUUCAGCACCUAUGGGGGCCUGCUGCCUCAGGGCUUCAUCCAGAGGGAGCUGUUCAGCAAGCUGGGAGAGCUGGCUGUGGGCAUGAAGACCGAGAGCCGUCCUCUGGGGGAGCAGUGCAGCGUGUGUGGGGUCGAGCUUCCGGACAACGAGGCCGUAGAGCAGCACAGGAAGCUGCACAGUGGGAUGAAGACAUACGGGUGUGAGCUCUGUGGAAAGCGGUUCCUGGAUAGUUUGCGACUGAGAAUGCAUUUACUGGCUCAUUCAGCGGGUGCCAAAGCCUUUGUGUGUGAUCAGUGUGGUGCCCAGUUCUCAAAGGAGGAUGCUCUGGAGACACACAGACAGACCCACACUGGCACGGACAUGGCUGUUUUCUGUCUGCUGUGUGGGAAGCGCUUCCAGGCUCAGAGUGCGCUCCAGCAGCACAUGGAGGUCCAUGCAGGCGUGCGCAGCUACAUCUGCAGCGAGUGCAACCGCACCUUUCCCAGCCACACAGCACUCAAACGCCACCUUCGCUCACAUACAGGUGACCACCCCUAUGAGUGUGAGUUCUGUGGCAGCUGCUUCCGGGAUGAGAGCACACUCAAGAGCCACAAGCGCAUCCACACCGGCGAGAAGCCCUAUGAGUGCAAUGGCUGCGGCAAGAAAUUCAGCCUCAAGCACCAGUUGGAAACGCACUACAGGGUUCACACAGGUGAGAAGCCCUUCGAGUGCAAGCUCUGCCACCAACGCUCGCGAGACUACUCGGCCAUGAUCAAGCACCUGAGAACGCACAAUGGCGCCUCACCCUACCAGUGCACCAUCUGCACGGAGUACUGCCCCAGCCUCUCCUCCAUGCAGAAGCACAUGAAGGGCCACAAGCCGGAGGAGAUCCCACCCGACUGGAGGAUAGAGAAGACGUACCUCUACCUGUGUUAUGUGUGAAGGGGGGACCCCCGCAUACACAUGGUAGAACAGCGGCGGGAGCCUGCAAAGAUGAGCUAGAGCGAGAUAAAGUGUGCAGAGAAAAGAAAAGGGA